GAAGGAAAAAGUCAACAACAGGUGUCAAAACAAAACCAAAACCAGCAAAGCAUUUUAUAAAAGAAUUAGUGCAUUUAACUUGACCAUGCUAUCUAUUCUAUGGUUGGCACAGCUGGUUAAAUUCAAUUGAUCAUUUUAAACACUGGAUAAAUGCAUGCUUACUGUUUUUGUUUGUUUGUUUAACAGCUCGUAGAAGUUCUUAUUGUGAUAAUCAGCCCAUUAUAUUUCCAUUAUAUUCAUUUAUUAUAUUUCCCCUGAUACCAGCUCUAACCCAAUAUAUUUUCCCCUGCUACCAGUUCAUAGUUUAUUUUUCUACUAUUUGUCAGAUUAACCCCUUUAAUAAGUUAAUUCCCUGACAUUGCAUAAAUUCCAUAAGUUCCCAAAGAGGACACUCAUUAGGUAUAGGGCAUAGGUAAGAUAUUUGAUAGGAGGGGCCCUUUAUACGACAUUUUCUAUGUUAGAUAGUGUCCCAUAAAUUUACUGUAUCUUUAACUGCUAGAAGGGAGACCUCCCCCAUAAUAAUUUAUUGGAGUUUAAGUGAUGUAUUGCAAAAUGCUCACAAUAAAAAAAUAUAUAUGUAAAAAUUCUUUUAAUAAGAAAUUACCCACUUUUAGGCGGUCUAGGGGGUCCCUUUAACAAAAAUUACCUACUUUUAGGCGAUCUAGGGGGCCCUUAUAACAAGCAAUACCCACUUCUAGGCGACCUAGGGGGUCCCUUUUAACAAAAAUUACCCAUUUUUAGGCGAUCUAGGGGGCCUUAUAACAAGCAAUACCCACAUUUAGGCGAUCUAGGGGGCCCCUUUUAACAAAAAUUACCCACUUUUAUGUGAUCUAGGGGGCCUUAUAACAAGUAAAUGACCCACUUUUAGGUGGUCUAGGGGGAUCCCUUUUAACAAAAAUUACCCAUUUUUUGGCAAACUAGGGGGUCCCUUUUAAGAAAUAACUCUUUUUUGCCAUCUGGAGGGGGACCCUAGUUACACACCUGCGCCUUACUUGGGAUCCCCAUGCCCCACCCCCUGACAUGUGCUAUUUUUUGUAUAAAAAAGCAUAAAGUGUUCUUGAAAGGCUGUACUGUUUGUACAACGUGCCCAACCCCUUUUUCCUGAAUUUUCCAAUGGCUCAUAGCUAUCGCUGGAUUGGCAACGGCAGGAUCAAGUCAUUAUACAAAAGGAGUCGUUCUAUUAUUGGGGGGGGGGGGGGGGGGAAUAAUGACAGGUCUUUUGGUUUUUGUUUUGAUUUGAGCUUUCUUAAGUUCACAUUCUUUGUUAACCCUUAAAAUCUAAGCAAAAAGGCUAAGAAUAUACCGUACAUUUAUAAAAACUAAAUCAAGAGUAAUUUCAAUAGCGAUACUGGAAGGAAUGUACGGAAGGUAUCAGGAAAACAUUCAUAAAGAUUGAAGUUAUGGGAGUGUAUGUUUUUAAAUUUGUUUUUCUGCAUGGCUAAAUGAGAAAUACUGGGACAAAAAUAGUAAUUAACAAGGUAGUAAGGGACGGACAAUUUAACCUUUGAGAAGGGGGGGGGUAGAUGUUUCUGAAAAAAACAUUCCUGUAAGCCUUUUUUACAAGAAAAAAAAUCGUGCAAGGGAAAAAUAGCCUGCACGCCAAUAGAGGUAAAAAAUUCUGCCCAAUAGCCAAGAGGAAAAAAAUAUCUUGCUCACAUCAAAGCAUCCCCUCCCACCUAAAAAGGUUAAAUGGGCCGUCCCUAAACCACGUGAGAUUCGCGCGUUAAUAUUAUUGGCUAAGAAAACAAAGCGUAAAACAUACCAUAAUUUUCAAACCGAACGAACCAUCAAACGAUACAGUUGAUUCUUGCUUUCGCCAGACUUUCACUUUACAGAUACUAUAGAUAUGCACGACUCAGUGGAUGGUUGGAAUACAAGAAGAUGGACAAUAACACAACACGUCUUCAUGAAAUCAGGCCCGAGUCUGAAAACAGCUAAACAUUGAUAUUUCGCGUGUAGAAGAUGAUAGUUUCGUAGCUUGCCUAGUCAAGUGCAUUUGUCGAUGGAAUGAAACGUUCAUUAAUACGGAUUAGUGGGCUUAGAUCACAUUUUGGAUGCUAAAAAGCGCUAGAAUUUGGCCGUUGGGUCGAUGUUUUCGAAUCUACAGCAGUUACCGACAGAGGUAAGAAGAUUUUUUUUAUCGUUUUUCAUUACGCAAGCUCCAUGUGCUCAUAAUAAAUGGAUCGACAAUUCAAAUUUGCGUUUGUACUAAAGCACUUUCACUAACCGUAAUACCUUAUUGUGUAACCUCUAUCUAGUGAUUUUGGUGAAAAUUCGCACCGGGAUAAAAACAAAAAAGUUUAGAAGUAAGAAUAAUAACGAAAGAAUAUAUAAGCUCAAGUGGCUGUAAGUACUUAAGUAUAUGGUUAUAAGUUUUUAGUUGAUUUAUGCACAAGGUUUCCAUGAUGAUCACGAAAAAUGAGGUCUUUAUUAAGUAAGUUAUAACUUACACUCUCCAUAAGAAAGGUAUAUAACCGGCAUUGAUUUAAUACCAUAAUAUGAGAACCGAACUGCCAUAGUAUGUGUUCGUACUUCUAUCAUUUUCAAAGUUGUGUUGCAUAAUUGAUUAAAGAAAAGUACAUUGGUUUGUAAAAAAAAUAACUCGUAUCAGUGUUGGAAGUGUUAGCUAAAGUGUCAAUUGAAAAGCAUUUUUUUCAAGUACUUAAUAUUUUUCUUUUAUGAAUAGAUGGAUCACAAGCUAACAAUGCUAGUUCGAAACUAAAUAGCUAUUCUGUAUAAGUAGUGGCGCGCUGCACAAAACUUUAAGCGUGAAUUUCAUCCAUAUAAGCAAUAUGAAACAAAGUUUGUAGGAAUUUCGUGGAAUGACUCACAAUAUUUUUUUUAUAAAAUAAAAGGUUGCGCUGCGCGUGCCACGAAAAACAAAGUCAUAAAUGAAAAAAAAAAUACAAAACGAAAAAAUUAUAUUAAAAAAGUUUAUUUUUUGAACGCCGGGUAAAAAUAAUGUCCGAGCAUUGAACUUUUAGUAAAGUAGGUUACAUUUUGAGACAAAAUUGAUUGAUAAUGUUAUGCAGUAAUAUAUAAAGUGUUGCCUAAAAGUAAGUUGUAAAAGUAGCAGAACUUUCGCCAAAAGGUUACGGAAAGGAAGAGGAGCAUAAAGUCAUAUUUGACUAUUUCUCACCUGUUGUUUUUUUGGACGGGGCUGUUGAACAUGGCUCCUGGUUUAGCCUUUCCAUGUUUGGGACCGCAGUAUCUCUGAGACAUCUCUGCGCUUUACCUCCCAUUAACUCUGCUCGUAGGUUGCGUUUGUACGAAUCGUUUGAAAAAUGAUCGGAACAGACGCAGUAUUUGGGGAGAUCCGCGAAGUCUACCCUGCAUGCUACAAUUUCUGCCCAUUUCCAUCUUAGUGACGGUUCUUGGGGGAAGCGGUGAAAGCUAAUUCCUUGUGUUUUACGGGAGUCGUUUUUACAACUCGGGACAGCGCAGUUUACCAUCUUUCCAACUACAAAUUUCCCGCCGGGCAGAGCCCGCGAUAAAAAUAAUUAUUUGCAUAUUGCGGGAAAACCUUAGCAACCAUCCAAGUGAUUGUUCAGACAGUACGUUAUGAAACGACCGCUGACAGUUUUUGCGCUGACGAGCAAAACAUCCAAGAUGGCGACGAAACGUCAAAUUUAUCAAAAACGAAUAAUAACCGCGCAAAAACACCCACAGUAAGCGUAUUUUUUGUUUUUGCAUCUUAAUAUAAGCCCUGGUAGUAUUUAGCUUGCAGUUCCCCUUUAAAAAAGAAAGGUGGCGCAAUAGCGUCUUGAAGUUCUUUUCCACGGUGCCGACUUGUUUUUUUCAACCGUUCUGUCACCCAUGCAAAUUCGCGCUAACCUGUCAAACCUAGAACAAAGAGAGCAUUACAAAACGUCAACCCUCUCACGAAAGAGCUCAUUUCGAAGGAAACACGUCACAAGGACACACCAUGGAACCGUUCCCAGAACCUUACCAAGCCUGUUGGGCAGCGCGUUCUAGUUGGUUUCCGACAUCCCAACUCCUUAAAAACCACGCCGUCAGCAUGGUUCCGAAAACCGAGGAGACCCCACCACCCCCACGAAAACAAGGUAGGCCAAGACAAUCCCUAAAGAAGAAGACCUUGUCAAAAGCCUGUCAGACCCUCACGCCAAAACCACCAAGAAAACCCCGAACGAAAAAGACCCCACCGCCAGCACAAAAGACCGGUUCACCAAGCACCAAUGAGAACGCGACCCGUGAGCAACACGCCACCAUUUAAAAAAACGCCAUGCUAUCAAAACUUUUUUAAUUUCACCAUAAAAACAAGCACGAAAGGGUUGAAAAAAAAAAAAACCAUGAACCACUCAGCUCAACCACGAAGACCUCAAGAGGACUCUAAUACCCACGCUCCCUGUACCUGUUGCUGUUGGCGACAGGUAUUCUGCAGUCCUCAAUGCAUGGCACGCACUGACUCGGCCAUGCAACGCCACGCCGACGCACUAUCGCGCGAGGCUCGAAGACUACAGAGCCAGCAACAACAACGACAACGACAACAACAACAACAACGGCGUUUGGGCCCAGAGGAUGAGGACGAGGAAGAACCUACGACUUCUCCUCCUCCUAAAAGACUCUCCCUCGUUGACCUAACGGGUGAUCAUAGCAGCGAGGAGGAGGAUAACGCCAGCCUCGUCACCCAUGGACCCGACAUCGUCGACCUGACGGGAGGGAACACCAGCGAGGAGGAGAAGGAAGAGGAGGGCAGCACCAGCAUCGAUGGACUCGUGACGGCCCUCCAACAUCUCCCCGACAUGCCAGACAUCACUUAUCUCUUCCCUAGCGACGAUGAAGAGAGCCUCUUCUGGGAAAGUGUAAGAGAAUAACACGACUUCAAGGACACUUUUUUUUCUCCUCUUUUAUUAUAAUAAAAUCCUUGUCAUCACUAAGAUCACUCUAAUAAAAAACACGAUUUCCUACGUACUUGUCAGUUUUUUUUCUAAGCUUCUUUGGCGGUCCCUAAACGAAUCACCCUCGCGUCCCACAUCUCCACGGCCGCCUUCCUCACCCACCCCCCGACCCUCUCCCGACGCACAUCCACGGCUGGCGGGACGCUCCGCUCGUGACCCCAACGGGACACGUCCAUGACCGUUAAAUUAUGCACGCAAUCCUUCAUCAAACCGUGCCAAACACGGCGCCCCUGGGGGGUACCCCCAACCCCUCCAUCAUCCCACACAAACUCUGCCAUAAGAGACCCAUCCCACCCAUCACGGUACCCCUCACCGACGACGAUAACACGCGUGUAUCAAAACCACUCUCAGAAACCUGACGCUUAAAUAAGAGGGCCACUACCGCGUACACGAAAUAGUUUAUUACAUCGCUAAUAGGAAACGUGUCUACAACAUCCACACUAACUCUAGACUCUACCGCCAGCUCUAUCCUAGAAGCGUCCUCAGACACUACUGUUCCAUCCUCUCGGUGUCGUUUCCGAGAAGCAACGGUUCCAGCUUCUUCUUUCUCAGCUUCAUUCCCUUCCUUUUUCUUCCCUCCUUGACCACAGGAUAAAGCAAGGCUCUCUUCUUCUUCUGUGGUGUCGGGGGCACCUCGGCCAUCAUCAUCGCCGCUUUCAUGCCCUCCCACACCUCCGCCACUUUUGUUGUCGCCACCAGCUCGUCGUUGUCGUCGUCCUCGGAGGACGACUCUGGGACGGUCGCCAUACGUUAGGCCGAGGACGCUCGCCCGCCCAUAGAAAGCUGUCGCACGGUAGGUUGGGGGGUGGGACACAGCACUUGAAGUACAAGCGUCCCUGGUUCUUUUCACUCCUCGACAUCGAGGGGAAACUCGCUCACGGCAGUCCCCUCAGGAAUGGCCUUCCGGAUCAAAAGCGCUUGCUCCCCCGGGUAAUAGAACCCACAACCCACGACGUGGUUGGCAUAAUCCACUUCCGCGCCACAACGGACCGCCUCGCCUGAACGUUUGACCUCCUUGCCACAAAAACACUUCAUUCCUCGACUCAAGCGGUAGCUCAACUGAUUCCCACACGAUACUCCCUCCACUAUUUCUAACGACUCACACAAAAGACCUGUCACGCCUUGUUACGGGAGAUACAACGUUUGACAGCCCGUCGUCCCACGGCUCUAAAAUAAGCCGACCAUGACGGCUCAUAAUAUCCCGACGCCAUUUAACGCAGCCACUCGCCCUCACGAAGGGUACGCAACAAGUACUCCCGCACCACCUCUCGAGCCAUGCCCACCUCCAACGGAAAAUACCGAGCCGACACCAGAGACACAGCCAACUCCUCCUCGAUCUUCUCCGUCUGGGUACGUAACGCUUCCAACGCGUCACGCUCGGAGUCAGCCCAGGACACGCCACGAACGACGCCCGUCAAGAAGGCCAUCACGGUCAUCCUCAAGGGUGGCAGGCUCUCGCGAAACUUUUCUGAAAACACGCUAUCCUUCUGUUCAGAAGGUUCCUCGUCACUCCCACGCUUGGCGGCUACGUACUCCACCACAAUCGCCUCUCGAUCCCUUUCAAACGUUACGUUGAGAAUCUCAAUCUUCGUGUCCCACACCAGCGUGAAAAACCGCUUUGGAUUCUGCAACACCUCCGUCCUCACACCGUUCGCCACGCCGUUGACAGCUCGUUGGUGUUAUAUGGGCUCGUGUGGCUGUCAUGGCGGAAGGACGCUCUAGAGAUCGCUCCUCUGAAAACGUAAUUUCAUCUUCUCCAAGUCCAUCCAGGACUCGCUCAUGGUCAGUAUCAGAUCUCAGUAGCAUGGAUUUAUCGAGACCAGUGGAUUUGUUUGCUUUGUCUUCGCUGAAUUUUACCAAAAAAUGUGAUCAAGUCGCCGAGCUCAAGGGCCUAAAGGAUGAGUCAACUAUCAUCACGAAAGCGCUCGACGGGAAAACAUUAGAAUCACUCAAUAUAUCAGAUCUUAAAACCGAACUGGGAAAGAGAAAGCUUCCGAAAUCUGGUUUAAAAUCGGUGCUUGUAGAAAGACUUAGGACUCACAUCUUAGAUUACGAAAUCUCCCGCCAAAAUUCAAAUUACCAACCGCCACAAAUAGAUCUUGAUAGCACUGUUGAAAGUAAAGCCGACGCCGGCAAUAAACAAGAAACUGAACCGGAAGAAUUAACAUCGACCAACUAUGUUUCCCUAAAGAAGUUUAACGAUCUUGAGCGUGAUGUAUUGGAACUUAAAGAUCUAUACAAAUCAUUUCAGUCCGCUCAAAGGCUUAAAGACGAAAAUGGUUAUCUGAGAGAAGAGCUUCGGCUAAUAAAGAGUGACAUGGAUAAGAUCAGGGAAGAGAGAGAUUCACUAAAAUUGGUUGUGUCAAUGUUAAGUAAAGAUUUGUACAAAAAUCAUCCUGACAACAAACCCUCGUCACAAGAUCAAGUACUUGAUUUGAAUUGUGAUACAUUGCCCAGCCAAUCAAAAGAUGGAGCUUUGGAAACCGAGACAAAAGAGAGCAACCCAGCCGCGGAAAACAAACGCUCCAAUCAGAAAAAUGCCAACGCAAAACGAAGUCAUAAGAAAUCUAACAAAUCUACGGCCGUAAAUGGAGCUAAGCAAUCUGGAUCAGUACAACAAGAGCACAGAAAGCCCUCUGAGGUAGUCAUCGCUGGUGAUUCGAUGAUUAAGUACAUUAAUGGGUGGAAUUUAUCCAAUGCAUCGCAGCGAGUGAAUGUCAAGUCCUUUUCUGGAGCCCGGGUUAGUGACAUGGCUGACUAUAUUAAGCCAUUGAUUCGCAAAAAACCUGAGAGUAUUGUACUUCACAUCGGAACAAACGAUCUCCGAGACUCGGAGCCCCACAAUGUCGCUGACGGAGUUGUAGAUCUCGCACAUCAAAUCGAAUCUGCUGAUAUUUCUGUAGCUGUGUCGGGGUUAAUAACAAGAUCGGAUUCUGAGGAGCUUACCGGCCGGGUGAAGGAAACGAAUCGUUUACUUCGUUCCUUUUGUAACCAGAACGGUUGGGAAUUUGUCCCUAAUACCAACAUUACAUCGGCUCAUCUAAAUACAAAAGGACUUCACUUGAUCAAGUCAGGCACCCAGGUACUCCAGAAAAAUUUUAAUUCAAUGUUAAAUAAGUGAUUGGGUGAAAGUGUGAGCGCUAAUUCGCCGGCUUAUUCACUUCUCGACCAGCCUAAAUUAUUUUCUAAAAAUAUUUCAUCUAACAAUGAUUAUAUUCCAUCUGGCCCAACAGCUAGAGGCUUCAAAAUGGCUUUUUUAAAUAUUGUCAGUAUUCCAAAAUAUAUAGAUGAAAUUCGGACGUCUAAAUUAAUGAAUUCAUUCGAUAUUUUAGGUUUUAGUGAGACCAGGCUCGAUGACACUUAUACAGACGAUGAAUUAAAAAUUCAUGGAUCUUCAGGAAAGACAGAAAUCGCGACGGUGGCGGUGUGUGUGUUUAUAUCCGCAGCUCCAUCAAUUGUGUUAAUAGAAAAGAAAUUGUUCCUGAAGAUGUCGAAGCUGUCUGUUUGGAAAUUCGUAAACCAAACAGUCGGCCUUUCAUUGUUAGUGUUGUCUAUCGUCCUGAGUCUCCGAUCGAAUAUUUUAAUCGCUUCGAAGAGUUAAUAAAGGCAGUAGACGAUGAAGACAAAGAGCACGUGAUUCUUGGGGAUUUAAAUUGUUGUUUACUUAAGAAGAAAGUCUUUGAUAAUAAAACAAAAAAGUUAAAAUCAAUUUAUGAAGCAUAUCAACUAUCCCAGUUGAUAAACGAGCCUACGCGUAUAACAAUUGAUUCUAAAAGCCUAAUUGAUCACUUUGUCACAUCGUCUCCUGACAAAAUAAACUCAUCAGGCGUAAUUCACAUUGGUCCGAGUGAUCAUAGUUUGAUCUAUGGAAUAAGAAAGAUAAACCCUUAUAGGUGUGCGCGAGAUAAAGCAAAAACCAUUGAAAUACGUAAUUUUAAACAUUUCGAUCAACAAAAGUUUGUAAAGGACCUCCUUACUCAGUCGUGGGAACAGAUUGUUUUGUGUCAUGACACUAAUGAGAUGUGGGCACAUUGGAAAGACCUGUUUCUAAACGUGUUAGACAGGCAUGCCCCUGUACAAUCUAAAAGAAAAAAAGCAUUUAAUGUCCCAUGGCUGACCAGAGAGAUCAAAGAUUUAAUUAAUAACAGAGAUAAGUUAAAGCGUAAAGCAAUGGUGAGUAAAUUACGUAAUGACUGGGAUGAUUUUAAGGCAUCCCGAAAUAAAGUAAACAUUGCCUUGCGCCAAGCCAAAUCCAACUAUUAUCGUAAUAAGAUUGCAAAUCAAAAGAAUAAUCCCAAAGAGGCUUGGAAAACGAUAAAUAGUCUACUUGGUCGCACCAAAGAAAAUACAACUGUAAAUGAACUUAAAUUUGACGACCAAAGCCUUUUUUCACAAGAACAUAUUGCCGAAGCAUUUAAUGAUUAUUUUUCUAAUGUUGGUCCAAAAUUGGCAAGUUCAAUGGCAAACCCUAGUAAAUCAUUUGAGCAUUUUAUUAAGCCAUGUAGUGCUCAAAUGUCACGUUUUAAGUUAGUAUCCAAUACAAAAGUACUAAAGCUUUUGGGUUGCCUUUCUAAUGCCAAAGCGACUGGUAUUGACAAAAUCUCUGGAAAAAUACUCAAGUGUGCAGCCCAUGCCAUUUCUCCAUCUCUCACUUACAUUUUUAACAACUCUAUAAUUUCCAACUGUUUUCCAGAUGAGUGGAAAAUGGCUAGGGUUUUGCCCCUCUUUAAAAAAGGCUCUAAGACUAUUCCCGACAACUAUAGACCAAUAAGUAUAUUACCAGUGAUUAGCAAACUAAUGGAAAAAAUAAUGUAUGAACAGUUAUACGAUCAUUUUACAGCAAACCAAAUUUUAUCCGAACAACAAUUUGGCUUUCGAAGACUACACUCUACUGUUUCUGCUCUCCUUGAUAGCACUAAUAGCUGGUAUAUUAACAUGGACAGACAAAAGUUUAAUUUAGUUGUAUUUUUGGAUCUAAAAAAGGCAUUUGAUACCGUUAAUCAUGACAUUUUGCUUCGAAAACUAGAAUUGAAUGGUAUCACUGGAAAUGCCCUUUUAUUAAUUCAAUCUUAUUUGUCCAACCGUAAACAGAAAUGCCAGCUAAACAGUACAGUGUCCUCUGAAAGUAAGAUCACAUGUGGCAUUCCUCAGGGUUCAAUUCUUGGCCCACUUUUCUUCCUCUUAUAUAUUAAUGAUCUACCAGAGUGUCUAUUGCACACUACUCCUAGAUUAUUUGCUGACGAUACAAACUUGACAGCGUCUGGUAGUACUGUAGGGGAAGUUGAGUUGGCCAUGAAUUCGGACCUUGAGCAAGUGAAAGAAUGGCUCUUGGCUAAUAAAUUAAGUCUCAAUGUAGCAAAAACAGAAUUCUUAUUAAUAGGAUCCCACCACAAGCUAAGAACCCUUCCUUGCAAACCUUCUAUUUCUAUUGAUAACAAGGAACUAAAACAAGUUCAGCAAAGUAGGGUUCUUGGUGUGGAAAUUGACGAACACCUAAAUUGGGAUCAGCACAUUGAUUCUCUUGCUAAAAAAGUCAGUUCUGGUAUAGGAGCCAUGAAACGAAUUUCUGAAUUUGCUAAUCAAAAUACAUUAGUCUCUAUUUAUAAUGCAAUCAUCCAACCACACCUUAACUACUGUAGCGAGGUGUGGGAUACUCUUGGGCAAUGUAACACAAUCCGUCUUCAAAAAUUGCAAAAUAGGGCGGCAAGGGUGAUCACAAACAGGUCAAAUGACACCCCUGCCACAGAGGCUCUAGCUGAAUUGGGCUGGCAAAAUUUAGAGACCCAGCGAGCAAAGACAAAAGCCAAACAAAUGUUUAAAGUUUUGCAUGAUAUGGCUCCAAACUGUCUCACGGACCUUUUCAGCUUAAAGAAAAAUAUUACAAAUUACAAUCUCAGAGGCUCCUCCACCUCGCUACAGCUGCCACUCCCAAAAACUGAAUUUAUGAAAAAAAGUUUCAGCUAUGAUGGAGCUAAACUAUGGAAUUCCCUCCCAGAGGCUAGUCGAGAUUGUACAAGUUUAUCAUCAUUUGUCAGAGAAUUAGAGGCUCACACUUUUAUCUAAACAAAUAAUUAGUUUAGCGUAUUUAUAGUAUUAUAUACCCACAUAGAUCAAGUUUUUUUUCUUUCGUUAUUUAUUUAAAUACUUUUACUUAUAGUUAUAUUUCUAAUUAUUAUAGAUAUAUAUAUAUUUUUCUUUUUUCCACACGCCCCUUGUGGAAAUCAGCUGUUGUUGACGGGGCAAGCGUGUCUUAAAUAAAGUCUAUCUAUCUAUCUAUCUAUCUA